CCGGUUUUGUGUGUUUAUGAUCCAAAUGAUGAUCCAAAUGAGCACUAACGUGUUUUUGGAGGCCAUUUUAUACACUGCCUGGAAGCUGCACAUAUUUCAAUUUUGGCUUCAGAACCUGAUGUCCUCUAAGAUUAGUGCACCAGAAGUUAGUGACAUGCAGAAGUCUGCUUGUUCUCAGCCUCUCAUACCUCUGAUCUUCUCUGUCCUUGCCUCAAGCUUUCUCUUCAAGACUUUCCCACUGCUACUUUUCAAGAUGAUGCCGUGAUGAGUCGGAGGAGGGUCUCGGUGAAGGAGCUGGGGCAGGUGGACUGUCAAGGCUGGCUCUAUAAGAAGAGAGAGAACCGAGCUUUCCUGAUGAAUAAAUGGAAGAAACACUGGUUUGUGCUGAAGGGAUGUUCUCUAUACUGGUACACAAAUGUGUUGGCUCUGAAAGCAGAGGGCUACAUCAACCUGAGAGACUUCACCCUGGACCAAGCGCAUGAGUGCAAGAGGAAGUUUGCUAUAAAAGCCAGUCACCCGCAGAUUGUCACACUCUUCUUUGCAGCUGAGAACUCGCAAGAUAUGUACAAGUGGUUGAGUAAACUAACUGCAGCCUCUAACAAGAAAGAACUUUUAGAAGUCGUUACGGCAGACACAGAAUGCUACAGUGAAAACAGUGAUGAAGAAGAUGAUGUUGAAGAAAGCUCAGCAGCACAGGACACUGAGGAGCUAACCAGCAGCUCUAUCAAUGGCUGUCUUCCUCCACCAUGCUCCAGUUCGUCUCCGUGCCAGCAUAUGAUUCCCCUUGUGUCUCCGGUGUGUAACACCUCGGACUGUGUGAGUUCAGACAGUGAGUCUUGGCUGGAGCUCAGCUCUGACUCUCAUGGUCCUAUGUGCGUCACCGAACAUGGUGACAUCGGCAGGCUGCAGGAUUUCCAUGGUGACGAACGGCCUCCUUCUGACGAGCUGGAGAUGCUGUACCUGCACCUGAAACACGCCAGCCUCUCCCCAUGUGGAGAACUGCAGCCUGUGACUAAGCGGGACUACAGAUCAUCCUUCAUCAGACGCUGCAAAAACGAUACCAUCAAUGACAAGCUGCACCUGGUCCGAGCUCUCAACAGCACCUUAAAGGCGAAAGAGGCAGACCUCCUGGCUAUUGAACAGGUUCUAGCUGAUUCAGAGUUAGAUGUCAAUAAGUACAGACAGUGGAAAAGUGUAAAUAUUCUCCUGCUGGAAGAAAUCAACCAUAAAAUAAGCACAGAAGAGAUAAAAGCAAGUGUUGAGUCUAAACAAAAGCCAUCUUCCACCCCGGUUGUGUUUGCUGAGACCAGCAUGUAAGUGUGAACAUGUACAAUUCAGGUUCACCUUUGAUCAUAGUUCUGUUGUCUGUGUAAUUCAGUUUUAAACAGUGUGAUGAAACAGGGAUGUGGAAAUGUGUUGUCUCGAAACAUUAAUCGACUUCUCUGCAUGUUUAAUGUAGUAAGUGUUGGCUGUAAAUAAACUUGUUUUAAAAUUGCACAAGUGGUUCUGUGACCAUUUGACUGCAAACCGCCCGAUACGUUAAAUUAUCAUGUGUAUAUUUGUAAAUAUGUGAUUUUGGAGUGUCAAAUGGACAAUCUAACAGAUUUAUAAACCAAUUUUGACUGUUCUAACUGGAAAAUGGUAUGUUUUAUGUUAAACCUCAGCCUAUGACUCGACUCUGAUGCUGCAUUUGGACACUAACCUAUUGCUCUCUUUCUUUCAAAACCAUUUUGAAGAGAAGAAAAGUAUUUUAACCACCAAGUGUAACAAAUUACUGGUAAAAUGUCUGUUUUGAUCAAGUUUUAAAUAUGUAUGUAUUUACUGUUAAUAAACCUGACAAAAAAUCUUA